AGAUCGAAGUCAUAAAGUAAUCAAGCAAAACACUCUCGAACAUCUCCUUAGUUGUGUUGUAUAAAAAAUUACAAGAUAAUGCCAACCGUAGAAAAAAUAACCGAAAGUUGUGGCCUGGGUGAAGGACCACACUGGGAUAUUCCCAGCCAAAGUUUACUGUUUAUUGACGUAGUAGGAAAUCGUAUUCUGAAGUACACACCAUCGACCAAGAAACUGAUAAAGGUUCCAGUUGCAAAACGACCUACAUUUAUUAUACCCGUGGAAGGAAAAACUAACGAAUUCCUUUUAUCACAAGAGAACGAACUGGUUGUAGUAUCUUGGGACGGCGAAAGUGAAAACGUGAAAAUAGUGCAAAAAAUUUGCGAAGUGGCGGCUUCAGCAGAAAGUCGAAAGACUUUCAAUGAUGCUAAGUGUGAUUCGUCUGGAAGACUAUGGACCGGAACUUUUACCAUUGGAGACGACUUCUUCAAAACCCAGCCUGUAGGCAAUCUGUACAGUAUUGAUGCGACAAAACAACUCAAAAACCACGCUGAUAAAAUCCACUGUUCUAAUGGAAUAGCGUUCAAUAACAAAACCAAGAAAAUGUUCUACAUCGACUCUUUGGCAGGCAGCGUUGACCAAUUCGACUUUGACAUUUCUAGUGGCACCAUCUCCAACAGGAAAGUUUGGUUUACUUUACAAAAAGUAUCCAUCCCCGGUGUCCCCGAUGGCAUGACCAUGGACUCUGAAGGCAAUCUAUGGGUCGCAGUUUUCGGAGGAAGUUGUGUGUUGAAAAUCGACGGCUACAAAUGCGAAACUUUGCUCGAUACAGUUAAAAUUCCUGCUGAAAACGUAACUUCUGUAGCUUUCGGAGGACCAAAUUUGGAUGAGUUGUAUGUAACCACAGCGUAUAUAGGGUCUGAAGAGACGAAACCAAGUGAUCUUGCUGCAGGUGCCAUUUAUAGAGUUACAGGACUUGAGGUUAAAGGCGUCCCAGCUGUUAAUUUUAGACUAACUGUUUAAAUUUUGCAGUUGUUUUGUCAAAAUGUAACAAUCAGAAGUCAAUAAUAAAGCUAAAUCAUAGAUUAA